AUGCUAAUGCGUAGCGGGGCAUUAGACAGUCAAGAGCUAGUAGAAGGCUUCUUUGGUGGUAUUACGGUCUAUCCUGGAGAUACAAUCAGAGUUACCCUGGAGAACGGUACGGACCUGGACCCGAUGAAGUGGAAUGCGGUGUACUUGGGGCCUCCCUACACGGGGCCUUUGGAGACUGGCGGAGAUUUCUACAAUUUCUUUGUGCUGGGCCUCUAUCCUGCCUCAUAUGUAGAGCUUGCAGAAGACGAAGACGCUUUGGAAACCCCGACACCAACGGCUACACCGACCCCGGACUCAACCUCCAGCACUAGUUCGGAAAAUUGGUGGGACAGAGCAUAUCCCAGUCCCGAAGUUAUGCUGCCAGGCCAGCCGGAGGAGUCGGGCCUGCCACGCGUGUUCUUUCUGAACGACUCAUCUGUGGCCGUGCUGAGCAUGACACAGUUUGAAGCAUAUGGUGAUGCCACUCAACUGUUUGUCGAUACAGUAAAGGCAUUUCUCAUUCGCAGCAAGAAGGCGAACCUGAAGAAGGUCGUCAUUGACCUGCAGCAGAACAUGGGCGGGAAAUCGCUCCUGGCAAUCGAGAUCUUCAAACUUUUCUUUCCCUCUCGCAACCCGUUCGCAGGAAGCCGUCGGCGCGCUCAUUUGAUGGCGGAUGCUCUGGCCACCGGGGAAGAGUAUACCACUUGGGAUGAUUACUUCCUGUCCACGGCCACCUAUGAUGGCAAUUACUUCACAAACCUCGAGCAAUACAACCUUACAGACACCGAUUUCGCCGAUCAAGGGGCCGGCGUCCAGAUUGACACGGGCAGCGGCUCCUCCAGCCCUCCAUAUGCGGCAGAAGACAUCGUACUCCUCAGUGACGGGCUCUGCUCAUCGGCCUGUGCGGUAUUCAUGGAGCUUAUGCACCAUGAAGCCCAGGUACGAACCGUCGCAGUGGGUGGCAGGCCGGACUAUACGCCGAUGCAGGCGCCCAGCGGAACCCGAGGGGCGACCUCGUAUACCACCUGGCGCAUGGACCUAGAUAUUGCUGGCGCAUUGGCACUAGAUAAUUCCACCGCUGCGGCCCUUCCCGUCAACCGUGGGGCGCUCGAUUUCUAUAUAUCGUAUGCCGACAUCAAAAUAAAAAAAAAGAUCCGGCAUGGCGAACCCUUGGACACCCCGCUACAGUUUCAGUACGAGCCCGCCGACUGCAGGGUCUUCUACACCCCGAAAACUUGGUACAGAUAUGCCAAUCUCUGGAACUAUGCUGCCGAAGCAGCCUGGCAGAACCCGAGACUGUGUGUCGCCAACUCCACAACAACAAUUAAUCCUACUCAGUCGCUUUAUCCCCCGUCCUCGACGCCCGGGGAGCCACAGCCGACAGAAACCAGUAUCCAAAGCUCCGUACACUUGUCGGACGAAGAGGAAGAUGUGGAGGUUGAUAAGGCUGCAUUGGAUCAUGACGAUCCAACCAACGACAUCCUAGCAUAUAGUCGCCCCAUGGGAAGAAUAGACGGUAGGCCAUGCAAGUCGGUACACGACUGCGGCCCGCAAUUCGACUGCGUAUCUGUUCCAGUCCGCGAGAACGGCAAAGACAUUAAACGGCCCCUAUGCGUUGCCCACUGCAAUAGAUCGCGCGGCAAUUGGUGCCCAUCGGGGUACCAGUGUAAACCCACAAACGGCGUGACCGCCGGUCCGCAGCACGUAAUGGGUCAUCAGGUCCGCUUUUUGCCUGGGGUUUGCAAUCCCAUCACCCCAUUGUCUUUUGAUGACAAGCCCUCAACUGAAGGCGCACUGUUCUCGACACUUGUAGUCGACAAGGACACGAUACCGAACAACGCCGCCGCCGCUGGCAGCGUCGACAGCAGCAGUUCCUGCAUGGAUAACAUCUCUGGUUUCUACUACCUCCACUGCUUCCGCCAGAGCUCAUCCUUGCAAAGGUGCCUUGUUUUCCACGACGGCUUCCCGCGCUUAGACCCAUACCCUGUUUACUGCCACGAUGGUGAACUACAGAAGUGGAUAGCCAGGAAGGAUGUACGUUUUGGUGUCUACGAUCCUAAUGGGUCAAAGGGCUACUGGGAGGUCCCCCACUCUGAAAGCCCACGUCUGGUGGUCUACCAUACCAAUACCGAGUACAAUUUUCGAGACGGCUUUGACCCUAGAAAUCCGUUGGGCCUGCUGGUUAACUAGCUAGACGAGCUGUUUUACCUUUCUUCUAGGGUCUGGAUCGAAUUUUAUUGCCUAUUUUCCCCAUGUGGUGAGGGAUAUCGCGAUUUUUGAAGUCGAGACUUUUUUCUUAUAUGUGGAUCCCUGUGCACACAUACUGUCAUAGAAUGGCCUGUCUCAAGGACACACCCCAAUGAACACCAAAACGGCCCGAUCCCUCUCGCCGAGAGUGGAUCAAUAACUUAAAAGAACAUAGAAAAACCUUGUGCUUUUUGAGAGUUGUGACAGAACUAUACAGCUGAUUUC